CUGGCUGCCGCUGCAGUCCGUGUCCGUCCGUCGCGUUGUGCGAUCGUGUCCGUCCCGGCGUGCCUGUUCGUAAUUUUUUUAUUUUUUUUUUUUUGCGUAAUCGUUAGUUCAAUUGUGUGUCAGUAUUGUCGCGAUGAAGUCGGCGACUUCUCGUACAGCUGCAAAGCAAACUUAAUAACGUGAUUCAGACGAGUGACUUGCGGCACGAACCGCGAUGACUUGGCGACGAACGAAGACGGCAGUUCCUUAAAGAAGCACUCGCACGACUAUACCUGUAUAUACCACCGUACCGGAUUCGGGUGUGAUGGCCAGCGUGGGCCAUUCUAAGGUGUUCAUACUCGACAAAUACUUCACCGAGCUACAAAAGUUCUGGGAGACGGAAAUCAAGUUGCAAGACGCAUCCUGUUCAAACGAGGCUGUGCAUUUACAACAACGGUUGCGAAGUCUAAGCACCGAGUUGGUCACACUCCGGAACAGUUUGAACCAGGGUCAAGGAGCGACGGCGGCGCACGGUGGCCAGGGUUGUCCUCAACCGGCUGCUAUCAAACAAUCUACCGGAUCGAAUUUCCCCGGAAACAACAAUAACAACAGCAACAGCAACAACAACAACACCAUACUGGCCGCCGGUAAGUCCGCAUCUAGCAGCCCAUCGAAGUCUACGUUACCACCUCCAGUGUUGCCGAGGACUUCGUUGCCCACUUUACCCGUUUCAGAUAAACUGUUCAAGGGCAAAGAAGAAUCGCAAAACGGCGGUCAAGCUGCCACCGCCGUUGCAAAAUGUUUAAAUGCUACGCCGUCGCCGACUUCGACGACUGCAGUGGCAACGCAGCAAAAGACUGAAUCGAAUAACCAGCGGACACACCGCCGGUCGUUCCAUGGACCGCCGACGCCCGCCGGAAGCGAACCCGGCAGCAAUGGGUCGACCGCGAGCGGAGGCGGUGACCUAAUCCAUCUUCCUGGGCCGUUGACCGAGGAUGCUGUGCUCAAGGCACUGCAAAGUCGGUUCUGCGCCACACAAAUGUUUACCAAUGUGGGACCUAUUCUGUUGUGCAUGAACUCGUAUAAAGACAUCGGCAACCCGAUGACGCUCACCAGUAUGAGAGGCGCUACACUAGAUUUCAAGCUGCACAAGGUAAUUCUGGACGCGGUAAGACAGCAGACCGAAUCUGGGUAUCCACAGGCGAUCAUACUUUCUGGUGUUAGUGGUUCUGGUAAGACGUAUGCUUCGAUGUUGCUACUGAGACAGUUAUUUGACGUAGCCGGAGGUGGCCCUGAAACGGACGCUUUCAAACAUCUAGCCGCCGCGUUUACCGUUCUGAGGUCAUUGGGAUCCGCCAAAACGUCUUCGAAUUCGGAAUCUAGUCGAAUCGGUCAUUUCAUCGAAGUACAGGUAACCGAUGGUGCUCUAUACAGGACUAAGAUACACUGUUAUUUCUUGGACCAGACUCGGGUGGUACACCCUCUGCCGAAUGAAAAAAACUAUCAUAUAUUUUACCAAAUGUUGGCCGGUCUAUCUCAGGAAGAAAGAGUGAAAUUAAACUUGGAAGGGUAUUCGCCUUCCAAUCUCCAGUACCUGAUGCAAGGCGACACCAGACAGGACGAAGCCGAGGACGCUAUUAGAUUUCAAUCGUGGAAAUCGUGCUUAGGUCUCCUCGGAAUUCCGUUCAUGGACGUGGUGAGGGUUUUGGCCGCGGUACUGCUUUUGGGCAACGUCAAUUUCGUGGACAACGGUUCUGGCGAGGUGGUGGCUAAAGGCGAAACCGAAUUGGCGUCAGUAGCCCGGUUGCUAGGCAUCACGUUCCCGUCGCUCUUCCGUGGUAUCACCACCAGAACACAUUCCGAAACUACUCGGGGGAACACUCAACUGAUAAAAACGACUUGCGACGUAAACACAGCAAAUUCGAUUAGAGACUCUCUGGCCAAGGCAUUGUACUGCAGGACUGUGGCGACCAUCGUACGCCGAGCAAACAGUCUAAAACGACUGGGUUCAACAUUGGGUACGUUGAGCAGUGACUCCAACGAUUCAGUUCACAAUCAGGCCGAAGUCGCUAGUCAGCAUGCAUCUACCAUCGGCACGGCCGGUUCCAAGUCGAGUAAGUCAAUGGCCGCGCUCAACAACGCCGUCAAUAUCGCUAGGCAUGCCACGGACGGGUCCAUCGGGAUCUUGGACAUGUUCGGAUUUGAAGAACCAAAACCAAGUCAACUCGAACACUUGUGUAUCAAUCUUUGCGCAGAGACGAUGCAGCAUUUCUACAAUACACACAUAUUCAAAUCUAGCAUCGAAUCCUGUCGCGACGAGGGGAUACACUGCGACGUAGAGGUCGAUUACGUCGAUAACGUUCCAUGCAUCGAUCUUAUAUCUUCAUUGAGAACCGGAUUGUUAAGUAUGUUGGACGUUGAGUGUUCCAUCAACGGAUCCGUAGAACUGUACUUGAGAAAAGUGAAAUCUCAGCACAGAAACAACCCAAGACUUUUUGAACCCAAGUCAGUGGAACAGAGAUCAUUUGGCAUUCAACAUUUCGCCGGCAGGGUUGUGUAUGAUGCUUCGGAUUUCCUAGAAACCAACAAAGACGUGGUGCCCGAUGAUUUAGUGUCCGUUUUUCACAAGCAAUCGUGUUCGUUUGGUUUUGCCACGCAUCUGUUUGGUAGUGAACUGAAAGCAUUGUAUAGCAUAGAAACAGUACCAAGAGGGAUAAAGUUUCGAAUAUCGCCGACUUCGCAUUCCGAUCUUUUGAACGGCAACGAACCCGUGUCUACGUUAACUCAAGAUUUCCACACGCGGCUAGACAACUUGCUGAGAUCACUGGUGCACGCUCGACCACAUUUCGUGCGUUGCAUUAAGGCGAACUCAACCGAAACCCCGGACAGGUUCGACAGGGCAGUAGUUAUGCGACAGAUACGGUCAUUACAAGUUUUGGAAACAGUCAAUCUGAUGGCAGGAGGUUAUCCUCAUCGAAUGCGGUACAAGGCGUUCAACUUGAGGUACAAAAUGCUGGCACCAUUCAACAAACUCUUGCGAUCUGACGAUCGGGCGACCGAAGACUGUCAUCUGAUAUUGCAAUGCAUCGAGGAAAAUAUUGAUACGAAACAGAGCGAAGUGAGCAUGAGUUGGGCUUUUGGCAAGAGACAUGUCUUCCUGAGUGAGGGCGUAAGGCAACAUUUAGAAAAACUCCGGUGGCAGACUCAUCAUAAUGCAGCCGUACUGAUACAGUGCACGUGGAGGAGCUGGAGGACCAGAAGAAAAUGGCCGGGUACUAAACGAGUCAUGAUGCAAAUACAACAAGUGUCUAACCCGAUUGUACAAUGUCUCAACAACAAAAUGGGUAUGGGUGGAAGGAAAAUGACUUCUAGUAGCCAAGUUCCGAACGCCGGAGUUACCAACAGUGGCACAGCAACUUUGACUAGACCCAGGCCACAACCUAUAACGGGAACCCCUCCUCCUGACCAGAUUGAGAAGUUUGAUCAAAAAAUAAUACAGACUUGUAACCUAUUUGGAUUGAAUCUGGAAAGACCUCCGCCAUUACCUCCUAGUCGAUCUUACACGAUAUCUGGUAACACGAAAAUGGGAUAUCCGCAAAGUCGUAUCAUGAAAAAAUCUUUUCCUGAAGAAGGAAAUUGUGACGUUGCACUGAUGAAAGGUGACUCUGUGAUAGUGGUGGGUACAUCCAACAGGAGAGGACACCUGCUUGUCGAGCACUGUAAUAGAAGCUUGGACGUGCCAUUCCAAUUUUUAGAACUGAAACCGAGACCCGUUGCCAUCUAACAUCAUUUUUUCCUUUAAUCCAGAUAUUGAUGCUCAAACACGAAACUUAUGAUCAAACGUUAGUUUAUAAUCACCUCAUGUAUUAUAUAAAUAUUAAUUGUUGAACUUCUAGUGUAAAAAAUUAUAUAUACGCUGCCGAAAAAAAUGCUUAU